CCAUUUGUCAGGUCUGUGGACUGGUGACUAGACUUCAGAUUGCGGAAGUGACUCACAAAUAAUAAGGCAGAGUAAUGAAAUGUAAAUGUUGAAAAACAAAAUCAAAUUCGGAUGUGAAUUACAGAUUUUUUGUCGAAUCAGAAGUGGAACGAAUUAGUUUGCCAGGGAUUCUCGCAUCUCUCAAAAAGACUUCUGCACCCGGAGAUACACAUACGGACAACAUCGACAUUCUCGGUCAUUCUGAACCAUCUACAUGCUCUCUGGUUCCCGUCGACUACUUUCCAGAUGUGAUCAUAUUGUGACGAGAUGGGGCAAACGACUGGGAAGAAGUCCAUUUCUCUGGAUCCUGUCGACUACUUGCCAAAUGACAUGCUAUGGAAGAUAUUUGGUUUUCUGUCGGUUGAAGACUUGUGUCACCUGGCUGUAUGCAGCAAGGCAUGGAGGAACGUAACCAACACCAACAUCCUCUGGCUUCAUAAUUGUAAGCUGAGAGAUUGGGAGCGUUUUGGUACAGAAGUAGAUCUCCGCAAAGAUAAGCCAAUCCACUCUACAGAAACCAUCAACAGUGGUGCCAGUCCAACAUUUCAGGUUGAUUUAGUCAUUACUGGCGACUGUAACCUGAAGGAUCUUGCACCAACCUGCGAAUGGAAGGAGGUGUACAUGAGAGCUUGGCAUCUGGACAGGAACUGGUCUGAGGGGCGUUACUGGGUGCACCGUCUUGCUUUGCCUGAACUAAGUGCCGUGAAAACGAAUUGUGUAUCAAGUGACGGCAGGACAUUCGUGGCUGGUGAGGAGCUUGGGUUCGUGAGACUUUGGGAUUUGAAUAGUGGAAGUCUCCUACGGAAGAUUCAAACCUCCGGAUUAAUCACCUCACCAUACCAAGGAGUACGUAAAAUGGUUCUGAAGAAUAACAUAGGAUUCGCUGCAUUCAUGGGAGGCGUUCUGGUAUUUGAGGCCAGCACGGGCAAGGUUUUGAAACUAAUCCGGCCGGGGCACGACAAUGACUUUGAUAGAUACACGCCGUCUGGUCUGUACAUGGAAGAAGACAAAGUCAUUGUCUCAUACAGCCUUCAAUCGGGAAGGGAAUCUGAAGGUGUCCCUGUACAUAUCUGGGAUAUCAGUGGCUCGGUCGAAAGGGGAGAUGUUGCAUGUACGGAGACCAAACUUUGCACAGAUAGCUUAAAUGUGUCCAUGAGGCGCGAAAUGGAAUGUUUUGCUUGCCAAGGGCACUGGGUUAUCACGUCCUUUGAAGAUGAGACUGCAUUCAUACUGUGGGAUACGAGAACGAGUCAGCAUGUACGAAUAUACAAGGGACACUCGGCCGAGGUUCGCUGUGGCCAUCUUGAUGAAGACACUAUUAUGACUGGUGAUAGUGAUGGCGAGAUAAAAGUGUGGACAACUGACUCUGAUUUUUGCUUGAAAACACUGUCAACGAAACAUCCUGAAUAUUCCAAUUUCACGUGUAAGUUCCUUUUGUUCAACGACAAGGGAAUUGCUGCCUUUUUCAAGCCGCGGCGGUGGGCCUGUGAAGAAAACUUUGGAUUUUUGGUAUUCUGGAGCCGCGAUGGCACACCACUGAAUAAAUACGGUUCAACAGUGAAAGACUAUAAAGUUCACGGGGAUAGGUUGGUAAUACUGCAUGCGCUUGACAACCUGCAAGUUUCUGUAUUGGAAGUAUCAACUGGCAAAUGUCUUUUAAUUCGCGAAUUCGAUGGUAAGCGCGAUAACACACUACAUAUGGACGACACAAAGAUUGUGCUUAAAUUUGAAGAUGGCGAUGUUGUAAUUCUACAAUACUGGUAGAAAUGGAAAACUCGGAAACGAAUAUGAAAUGCACUGACAUUUUUUAUGCAAUGUCUGAUGUUGCGGUUUACUAUUGAUUCAUGCCUUCUUUUGCCUGACGAUUAAUUCCUAAAUUGACUGCAUACGUGUCAAGUUACGUGUCAAGUAAAGUGAAGUUACGGAAAUGCAGCACUACCAGUCUGGGACGC